AGUUUAGCUGCUGGCUAUGUGAUGAGUUGAUGCCAUGGGUUGAAUGAGACUCAAAAGGGAUCAGAGGCAUUGGAGACAUUGUGGGAGAGACAUUGAAUGAGGCUUCAUUUUCAUGUCCGUGCUGAAUUCUAGGUGCAUUCAGCCGCAGGCUGCUGCCAUGCGCUCACUCAGAUGUCGUCCCAAGAUUACCAAAGUUCUGUGCUGCCGCCGCCGCCGCCGCCGCCGGAAUCUUUCGGGCCGGAUUUGACUCGGUAACGCCGACGAGUUGAAGACGGAGAAGAUGAUGGAAAUACCGGAACAUCAAAAACAUCUCCCCGCCUUUUUCGCGUCGUCAAGAUGCGCCGGCAGAUAGUAUAUUGGCAACACGCAAGCAAGAGUGGCUAUGUCGGGUACAGCCAAGAUGGGCGACGCAACUGUCGCUCACUCGCUCGCUCGCUUGCUUGCUGUGCGGGUGAGAUGCUUUCUCUGCACCCCAGUAAAUGGCUUGUAUCCGUGCUGCGGCCGUGGAUGGAGGGGGACCCGUCUUUACAUAGCAUCGGGCGGCAAAGACUUACGCCAUUGUAUCCACCCCUACGGAUACACCAGGGACUCUAUUUUCCUGGCGCAAGUCGUACGCAAGGGCAUAUGGUGCGUGCCCUCUUCCCGCUCUGGCGAUCAGACCAACAGCUCUUGAUGUGGGAGAGAAAUAGACAGAGAGAUUCGCCUUCGAUGGAGACGCACUCGGGGUUCCCGUCUGUCAAGAUCAAGGUCUUCGUCUGUGGAAUGGACUGCGUUCACAAGGGCUCUCAAGGUCUUGAGGCUCUGGGGACCCUCUCUCCUCUGGUCUCGUACGAGAGACAACAGUUGCCCUGUGACCAAACAACGCAAGGCCGAUUGGACCUUGAGUGUCGCAAUCUUGACCUAGAUGGUAGGGAGGAGGGAGGGGGAGCGCUGGGCGGCUCAGCCGUUGUGCGCGUGGACCAUCCGGAAUGCGGCGGCAGCGGGCUCGUGUUAGCUUCUUGAUCUUGCCAGGUUCUCAGAAGCUUCUGAACAGUCUGUCAGUCCAGUCCGUCAGUGCCAAUUGUCAGUGUCGCGCGCGCAU